AGCCAAAAAAGAAAAAAAGAGAGCCCACAAGUGAACUGUGAACCACCACAGUAGAAGAGAGAUCAAAAAACCAGUACCAGUAUAAAUAAAAAUACGCUUGUCCCUGUGACAAGUGAAUAUUUCUAGAUGCAGAGGAGCGAGAGAGAGAUUCCAAAUCCGCCGCUCUCUCUCCUCUCCCGUCCGUCCGUGUAAGGAAGGGAGAGGGUAUCUAGAGAGAGAGAAUCUAGAGAGAGAGAGAGGAAGAUGUCAGACCUAGACAGGCAAAUAGAGCAGCUGAAGAGAUGCGAGCCCUUGAAAGAAUCCGAAGUCAAGGCGCUUUGUCUGAAGGCCAUGGAAAUCCUCGUCGAAGAGAGCAAUGUCCAGCGAGUCGACGCGCCGGUCACCAUAUGUGGUGAUAUCCAUGGGCAGUUCUAUGACAUGAAAGAGCUUUUCAGAGUAGGCGGUGAUUGUCCGAAGACUAACUACUUGUUUCUUGGAGAUUUUGUUGACAGAGGAUUUUACUCUGUUGAGACAUUUCUGCUUCUUCUAGCUCUGAAGGUCAGGUAUCCAGAUCGGAUAACACUCAUAAGGGGGAACCAUGAGAGCCGCCAGAUCACACAGGUAUAUGGAUUCUACGAUGAGUGUCUACGCAAGUAUGGUUCAGUGAACGUGUGGAGAUAUUGCACUGAUAUAUUUGAUUACUUAAGUUUGUCUGCUCUCAUUGAGAACAAAAUAUUUUGUGUUCAUGGCGGUCUUUCUCCUUCUAUUAACACGUUGGACCAGAUUCGAACAAUUGAUAGGAAGCAAGAAGUACCCCAUGAUGGUGCCAUGUGUGACCUCAUGUGGUCAGACCCAGAAGACAUAGUUGAUGGUUGGGGCUUGAGUCCCCGCGGUGCUGGUUUCUUAUUUGGUGGCACCGUAGUCACUACUUUUAACCACGCGAAUAACAUUGACUAUAUAUGCCGUGCUCAUCAAUUGGUAAUGGAAGGCUAUAAAUGGAUGUUCAACAGCCAGAUUGUUACAGUGUGGUCAGCUCCAAAUUAUUGUUAUAGAUGUGGUAAUGUAGCUGCAAUUCUUGAGCUGGAUGAAAAUCUUAACCAGCAAUUUCGUGUGUUUGAAGCAGCGCCACAGGAAUCAAGAGGGGCUCCUGCCAAAAAAGCGCCACCGGAUUAUUUCCUUUGAAAUUAGGUUGCGAAGCUUGACCUUUGUUUUUUACUGGGUAUGCUUGCAUUGUUCAACAAUGUGAUUAUAGAACUGCAUGGCGUAGAUUGUCUCGACUCUCAAGUUUUGAUGGAUAGACUAGUCGGUUGUUGGCAUUGCAUAUGGGCAACAGUCUGGUGGGUGCCUAAUCAGUUUCGGAUUAGGGGUUACCUUUGCCAGCUGGCUUCAUUUUUCUGGUUUGAUAUUUUCUUUACUUGUACCGAUAGUGUGUAUUACAUUGUAUUGUACUGUGUCAUAUGUCAAUCAAGCAUUGGAAUAUAAGUCAAGAAUUCAUGCAACAGGAAGCUUGACUCCCAUCUGUGGGAGUAGGAGUGGCAAAAGUUGACACGAGAUUGGCAAUUACUUGGAUCGCUAUUGAUUAAUACUCCACUUUCUCUCUUGAGCUUGUAA